AAUUAACGCAUUUAGCGCAACGCGUUCAAAGGCUUUGUUUUGUAUGCAAAGGCUACGCUGGAGUGGAACGAACUGAAGCCGGUGGUUAUAGUACAGGCGUGUCGGUCCGAGCCGACGCACGCGCAUAUCGCUGAUAUCGCAAAUCGGUAUAAAAGAGGACGUGCCCUUUAGCCGGUCCAAUUCUCCACCAAACUUGUGAGAAGUACAACCUAAAAAAUAAAAUGGCAGAUUUAGACGCGAUGCAUGGCCCAAACGACGCAAACGACACCGAGGGUGUGAUCGUCGCCAAGGGGGUGUCAAUGGUGGUGUUGUUCUGCGCCUGCAUGAUAUGUGGUCUCGUGCCUAUGUUUGUGGCGAAGCGGUUCAACUGGAUCUCUGCCGAAGAAGCCGGCUCAUUAAAAUCAAAGAACAAAAUUGUUAUGACCUUGCUCUCGUUCGGUGGCGGUGUACUCCUGUCAACCACCUUCCUGCAUUUACUCCCCGAGGUCGACCACAACAUUCACCAUUUACAAGAGGAUGGCCGUAUGAAAGAAUUCGACUUCGCACUGGCGCCUCUAUUGAUGAUAUGCGGCUUCUUCGUCAUGUACCUAGUCGAGGAGCUGGUGCACAUUUACUUACGUAGAAGGGAACGGAAGAGCGGUCAAGCGUCUCCAUUAGUGAGGAACCUGAGUGUGCGGAGGAGUCAAAUUAGUGUUGACGGGAAGGAUAAUGGAACGAAGAGUGUUACAAACUCCACUGCCGAUCUUAUUGAUCCAAACUCGAUUAAAAAGAAUAAGGAUAUAGAAAUAAACCACAAUCACAACCACGGCGGACAUGGUCACAGUCAUAUUCCUCUAAACGAAGUAGAUGACGUCAACUCAGCCAUCCGUGGUUUACUCGUCGUGCUGGCUCUCUCCAUACACGAACUCUUCGAGGGUCUCGCCGUUGGCUUAGAAUCCAGCACUGCACAUGUAUGGUACAUGUUAGGCGCCGUAGCAGCCCACAAGCUCGUCAUUGCCUUCUGCAUAAGCGUAGAGCUUGUAGCCAUCCGUACCAAGACAUGGCUGACUGUGGUUUACAUCGUUGUGUACGCCAUUGUAUCACCUCUGGGUAUCGCCAUCGGUAUCCUCCUCGUUGGAGGCGAAGGCGCGACGGCAGCCGGAGUUUACUCCGUGGUGUUGCAAGGCUUGGCAUCUGGAACACUUCUAUACGUCAUAUUCUUUGAAAUCUGGAAGAAUGACAGAGAAGGCCUCCUUCAGUACAUUGCUGCGGUCGCUGGUUUCGGAUUGAUGUUCGGAUUGCAGGUGUUGACUGGACACUCACACAGUCACUCGCACGGCGGAGGCGAUGGCGACUCUGGUGGUGACCACGGCCACAGCCACGACCGCCGUUAACAGAAGUGUUGUUAUUAGUUAUUUCAUUAUUAAUAUUCAGCCAGUCCAAAUGAUUAUUAUGCUACUUAGUUCUAUUGUUACUAGUAAUAAGACAUGACAUGGACAUGGUAGUUAAUUCGUAUUUACGUCGAACUCGCGAGUGCAGGCGAGGUAGUAGGCCCGGCUAGUUUCAUAUCUAAGUCUAUAUAGUACCUUGUAUACGGUCAAAUAUGUUUGUCAUACGUUUUGUUUGAUCAAGGUCAUCAAAUACAAGCGCACACGUACAAACACCGUUCAAACAAGUUCGUCAAACAAGACACACAAAACACUUGGAUCUAUCAUUUUGCUGAGGACAUUAGUAGGUACCUCGUAGCUGCCAGCGGUCGCAUAAAAAUGGCGUAAAAUUUUGUCAAAUAGUUUGACCGUUUACAGGCACUUUAGACUGUACGAGUUGUAUUUAUAAUUUAUUCACAUCCCAUAAUUUAUUACGGUAUGUUUGAUAUUUUAAAUGAUGGAUACAUUUUGAUUAUUAUAAGCGUCCGCUAGCACGCCUGCCGCGGAAUGCCGUGAACACGCACUAGCGAACUAAUGCAGGAUGUUAUAUACCAGCAAGUAGGUUAAGUACGUCUUUCAAAUUGAACUAGGCUUGAUGCUUGGUACUCUGAAGAUGUCACUUAGUAUGAAGAGCAUUCCAACGUUGAUGAGCUUAUUGAUCAAGAAAUCAUGCACUUGGACAUUACUUACCUACUUAUUAACGUUGUAUGAAUGACGGUCUAAGGCGUAGUAUGAGUAUUUUAUAUAUUUGUAACCAGAACGCUAGCAAAAACGAAGACAGGCGAUAGCACUCAUGGUUACUGAUGAGAUCCAUAAAAAACUACAAAAAAAAGUUUAAAGAAAAGCCUGUAUUUUUUAAAAGUUCACAAUAUAU